CUCAAUUUAGAGUCACCAGUUAACCUAACCUGCAUGUCUUUGGACUGUGGGGGAAACCGGAGCACCCGGAGGAAACCCACACGGACACGGGGAGAACAUGCAAACUCCACACAGAAAGGCCCUCGCCGGCCCCGGGGCUCGAACCCAGGACCUUCUUGCUGUGAGGCGACAGUGCUAACCACUACACCACCGUAACGGCAUGUUACUUGAGUAAUAAAAUAAUACUUGAGUACAGUUUACUUGAGAACAUGAUGUGCUGUAACUGUAUCUCAUAUUUAUCUUACCUCACUCUGCGGUUGCGACUUGCUUGCUUGCUAGCUCAGUCAGGAAAUCUGAUAAAAGUAGAUUAGAUGGUAUGAUAAAAGAACAUUAGACACGGUAUACAGCGUUAUACUUCAGAAAGUCACAUGAAACUGUGACACUGAGCCGACCACCUCUUCAGUCUUUCUCAUGCUUGUAGCUGAAUAAAAAGACAACACAGACUGAGUUCGAGUCCCUAUAGAGUUUAAUUCUGAUUUACAGCGCAGUAAAGUUUGCACGUUAAAUUAACAGUAACACAAAACACGUUCAACUAUGCACCUUGGUUAGAAACUAUUCGUCAGCUAACAAUAAUUAAACAGGUCUUACCUUUAGGAAAAUGGCAGUCUGUAAAAUGCUGAAACAGGUGGCAGACUUUGAUGGCUGCAGCACAAAUUGCCUUGACCGGAAGUGUAAGGUGUUUAAAAGUAAAUACCUCUCAAUGAAUAAAAUUCAUCGAUUUCCUGCAUCUUUGACUUUCACAUUAAAAUGUAGUUAAAUUCUACUCAUUUCUUCACAGCUGAUUUUAUGCAAACAAAAACUGAGUAAAAUGCAAUUAUUAAAUCAUGAAGUUGGUUGAUUUCAGCUCAGAGUGAUUCCAAACUGCAUAAAGUCUUUUUUUAUUAUUUAUAGGUUACUAUUAUUUAUUUACUAAAUAUUAAUUAACCCAAAUCCCAGUUUUUACACGUCUAAAUCCUGAUUGAUACAUUUCAUGGAUGUUAUUCUUAUGAUGAUGUGGGCUGUGCCACAGCUUUUUCUAGGAUCUUGGAGAAAAAGAUGGUGGUGUGGUGAAGAUUAUGCCCAUCCACCAGGUCCCCCGGUGGCGGAUAGGGGAACGGCCUCCAUGAGGUUAGCAGUGAAUAUGGAAAUAAGCUGUCCCGGACCAAAUUCCUGGGUUGCCCUUUGGCAAGGCAUAGCACCCAGCAGCCACCCAUGCUAGGGAUAGCCUACAGUGAAGCUUUUCUUUCACGAAACCUACACAUGUCGUAUGCUGAACCUAGCCAGUGCCUCGUGGUAGCACUUAGGGUGGUGAUAAACAUACCUAUCAUCCGGCCAACCGCUGCAGCAUGUCGAAACUGCUAACAAGUCUCAAUCAACUUUCCUGCCAGUUAGACCACAGUCAAGUCAUGCAGAGAGAGGAGUUCUGGUAACGCAAAAGCCAGUCUCACUUCAAAACAAACUUGCAUGCAGUUUAUGGAUAUGGACAUCAAUAUUAUUUCUAAUACCGGAUCGAAUGUCGCCCAGGUCAAAAAGGUUUGCGCUGGUACAUCCACUUUCCAGUGUCCAGCGAAAAGUAAGCUAGGAAGAUGAAAAACGAUCAACAUCGCAGAAUGGAAUGUCAGGACACUUCUUGACAGGUCCAAAAGACCAGAACGACAAACAGCAUUAGUUGCCAAAGAAUUAAAGAGAUACAACAUCGACAUAGCAGUACUAAGCGAAACAAGACUGGCCAGUCAUGGCAGCCUUGUAGAUCAUGGAUGCACGUUUUUCUGGAGCAGAAGAAACGAAAAUGAAAAACGUGAAUCGGGAGUCGGCUUUGCAAUGAGAAAUGAAAUUGCCUUGAAACUUGAACAAGAUCCGGUACUGAUAAAUGACAGACUCACAAUAAUGAGACUCCCUCUACAGAAAAAUACCUUUGCAAUCAUCAUCAGUGCAUACGCCCCUACAAUGACAAACCCGGAGGAGACAAACAAGGAAUUUUACAACAAGCUUAGAGAGACCAUGACACACGUCCCAAAGAAUGAUAAACUGAUCCUAGUAGGUGACUUCAAUGCCAGGGUCGGAAAAGACACUGAAAACUGGCCCGGAGUUCUUGGGCAACACAGAAUAGGAAAGUGCAAUUCAAAUGGCGAACUGCUUUUAACCUUUUGCUCAGAACAUUCCUUAGUUAUCUCCAACACAGUCUUUAAGCACAAACCCCACCAUAAAGUUACAUGGAUGCACCCACGAUCAAAGCAUUGGCACCUCCUAGAUUACGUAAUCACAAAGCAAAAGGACCGCUCAGAUAUCCUCGAUGCAAGAGUGAUGAGGGGUGCUGACUGCUCAACUCAAAAACUGGGGCCAGAUCACCGACUAAACUCAAUGUUCAAAAGCUGAAAGACAAGGCUUUUCAGGUGAGCUUCACACAACACAUGGACAAGACAAUGGACGAACUGAGUACCCCAGACACAGGCGUAGAAGGUGAAUGGGAGUCACUUAAGACUGCUGUACUUGAUACAGCCAAAGAACACCUCGGGAGACCAGAAAGGAAAAAACAAGACUGGUUCGACGACGAUGACGAUGAGCUAAAUAAACUGAUCAUGGAACGUAACAUGGUGAAGAUGAAAUACCUACAAGUAAGCACAAGAACGAACAGAGCUAGACUCGUCGAAACUCGAAGGAAGCUUCAAAAGCAUACAAGAAAGCUUAAAUCGCAAUGGUGGGAAAAGAAAGCUGAAGGACUACAACUAGCUGCUGACAAGAACGACAUGAAGGCCUUUUACGUCGGCCUAAGAGAGGUGUACGGACCACAAAAGAAGAGUAUGACACAGCUGUUGGACGUAGAUGGGGAAACGAUCUUAGAUGACAAAAACCAAAUACUCAACAGAUUUGCCCAACACUUCAGCCAGCUACUAAACAUACCGAGUGAUAUAGACCAUCAAGCACUAAACAGCAUUACCCAGAGACCAAAGAUACUUGAACUUGACGAGAAACUGAGCUUUGAAGAAAUGCUGAAAGCCAUCGACGCAACAAAAGAAAAUAAGGCUCCAGCCGUCUGUGGGAUACCUACCAAAAUAUGAAAGUAAGGUGGAAGAAAGGUGAAAAGGAAACUUUACAAACUCAUUCUGAAAAUCUGGGAAAAUGAGGAAAUGCCGCAAGACUGGAAGAAUGCAAAUAUCGUCCCUAUCUUCAAGAAAGGUAGCAGAAAGGACUGUGGAAACUAUCGUGGAAUAUCGCUUCUGUCAAUCGCCGGUAAAAUUAUGGCCCGGAUACUACUCAACAGGUUAGAUGCUUUGCUCGCCCCAACAUACUACCAGAGACACAGUGCAGCUUCCGUAGUGGUAGAAGUACCAUAGACAUGAUAUUCAGCCUUCGCCAAGUACAAGAGAAAUGCACGGAACAAAACAUGCCAAUGUAUGCUGUCUUCAUCGACUUCACAAAGGCUUUUGACACCGUCUCCAGGGAAGCGCUUUGGACUGUCUUUCAGAAAUACAGAUGCACGGACAAAAUCAUCAAUCUGCUGAAAUCCUUCCAUGACAGAACGCAGGUGCAAGUUGCACAGGAAAGAAACACAUCUGAAAAGUUUGAAGUGACAAACGGGGUUAAACAGGGCUGCAUCCUAGCGCCCUUGCGUUUUUCAUUGUACCUGGCGGCCAUGCUCGAGGUAGCCUUUGAUGGUAUCCAGGAAGGGAUCUACAUCCAGACAAGGCAAAACGCAGACCUGUUCAAGGUAUCCCAGUUCAAAGCACGAACCCUUAGUACUAAAAACUUAGUGAGAGAAAUGUUCUUCGCUGAUGACAGUGCGAUCGUGACUCACAGCUUCGAGGGCAUGCAAUACCUGAUUGACAAAUUUGCCAGAGCUGCCAUACAAUUCAGUUUGAAGAUCAACAUUAAAAAGACAGAGUGCCUCUAUCAGCCAGUGAAAUUGAUCAAUCCUGAACCUGACACCAUCACCGUCAGCAACAAACCGCUUGCUUCAUGUUCAGAUUUCAAAUACCUGGGAAGCACCAUCUCGAGCAACAAUAAAAUCAAUAAAGAGAUCCUAAAUAGGAUGGGGAACACCAGCGCUGCUUUCUCAAAACUGCAAAAUCAUUUAUGGAACAACAAACACGUCUCUACUAAAGCGAAAUGCAAAGUGUACAGGGCCAUUGUAUUAUCAACCUUACUCUACGGAGCAGAAACCUGGACCAUCUAUUGCCACCAAGUCAAAAAACUUCAUGCCUUCAUGAUGCAACACCUGAGGGCAAUCAUGGGAGUCACAUGGAAGGACAAGAUCACCAACGUUGAUAUCCUAAAUCGAGCAGAUCUACCGUCCAUGGUGGAUAUCCUUAUCGAAAAAGGGCUGAGGUGGCUAGGCCAUGUUCACAGGAUGGGUAAUGAGAGGCUACCAAGACAGUUGUUGUAUUCCCAGCUUUGUGAGGGAAUGAGAAAUCAUGGUCAACCGAAACUGAGGUUCAAGGAUGCUAUGAAAAGUAACAUGAAAUGGCAAAACAUUGACAGUCGCUCAUGGCAGCAAGUAGCCGAAAACAAGCCGGUCUGGAGAAAGAACAUCAAGCCACCGUAAACAGUCCUUGUCGAAACCGACCGACUGCAAAUGAUGAUGGAGAUAAAGGGGAGGUUUGAUAUCGGCCUAUUGUUGGACAGCUGACUGGUGUUAAGAGUCUCCUUGUUGGAUUUAGAACUACCAGCGCCAGUGUACGUUAUCUGGAUUUACAGUACGUGCGACCAGGAAGAAACGAGACCUAGCCACUGUAAGUUGUUGAUUGGUCAGGUUGCCUGACGCAACGGCAUGUGACGCAAAACGAAUGCUCCUCAUUGGCUGGACAGAUGGAUAAGAGGACGUAGGUGCAUGUAGUAAAGUCACUACCCGGAACUUGGAUUGAAGUUGGAUUUGGAAGCAAACGUCUCUGUUGGAAGUACUGAAGCCUACUUUCUGUUCAAGUACUCUACUUUCGAAAAGAUCAGCUGGUCAGCAGCAACAGAUGGACAAUUGAAUUGUGAACAGUGAAUUUUUAUUCUUUUUUUGUGAACAGUGAUUUUUAUUCUAUUUUUUGUGAAGUGAUUUUUUUAUUCUAUUUUAUGUUUGUUAUUGAAUGCACAGUUACACUUUAAAAAACUGUUAUUUCUAUUUUAUUCUGUUUUGAAUGUGUUUUAUUGAAUGCACCGUUUCAGAAACUCUUCUAUUUUACAGUUUUUCUCCAUUGGUUUGGCUCAUUUCUUGAAACUGAGAUGACACUCAUAACUAUAAGGCAAUUUGGCCAAACAGACUUACAGUUCUACACAACACUUCAGAUAACCAGCAAAAUGUCAUUUGUCUCCCAAAACUACUCAUCCAUGCUUCAAAAUGAAAUCCCUUUCCCAUCUAAAUAGUCAGUACCAUAAAAAUGGCAUAAAUCCUUCUCAAUUGCUUUGGCACAUUUUCAUUCAUUCAGUUCUUCUGUCAAAAUAACUUGGAUGGUACAGCACAACUACAUGGAUCACCUGGCAAUGUUUGUACAGCUCCCAAAACAGUUUACCCAUCUGUCAAAACUACAUUCCCUUCUCAUAUAACUAGUCAGUGCCUCCAAAAUGCAUUGUCCCUUUGGUAUUCUGUAAGUACUGCGAGUCAAAAUGCUUAGACGCUUUGUCAUGGCAUAUGUCUAACUAUAGGAAUACAGUUCACACCACACACACGCUGCACUCCUUCUGCCGAGGAAUUUUCAUUUUUAUUCUCAGCUAACGUGAAUUGUACACAUUACUGUAGGUAGGGAACAAUAAAAAGGAAAAUGUAUACGCUGUGUAUACUGUGUACACAAAAUACAAAAACCCACAAAAACAAACAAAAAAUGAAUACUGUAAAUAAAGAGUCACAAAUGAAGACAUUUUGUUUAGUCGCGGUCACUCCCCUCUCUCGCCUGGUCACCAUCCUCAUCUUCCUGGCCAUCCAUUCUCUGUGCUCUGUUCGGCCACAGAUUCUCAUCAACAUCACAUCUGAUGUUUUCUCUUGAGAUGCAGCGUGGGAAGAAGCAUCAUGAAUGCCUGAGCCAUCCUCUACACUGAUCACCUGUUAUAUCCUCACAGGCAGCAUCCAUAGCAUUGAGGAGAGACCUCUGGUUUUCGGCAUGGUGUUCAUAUACUCUCCAUCUCCAAGCAGAGAAAAAAACUCCUCGAUAGGAUUCAGGAAUGGAGAAUAUGGUGGUAACAAGACAUUAUGCAUUCUUGGAUGCAUGUUGAACCAUGCCCGGAUGCGUGGACCACGGUGGAAAUUAACAUUGUCCCAUACAAUGACAAACUGGGGUAGGUGGGGCCCUUCGAGACCCCUCUCAUUUUCUGGGACCAAAUAUACAUAUAGUUGGUCCAGGAAACGGAGGAGUUUCUCUGUGUUAUAUGGGCCCAAGCUUGCAGUGUGGGUGGCCACACCAUUUUCUGAAAUAGCCGCGCACAUGGUUAUAUUUCCCCCCCGCUGGCCUGGGACAUCCACUGUGGCCCGCUGGCCAAUGAUGUUUCAGCCACGCCUGCGGCCCUUGGCCAGGUUGAAGCCUGCCUCAUCAACAAACACUAGGAUGUGUGGUGUUUCACUCCCCUCCAGUGCCAGGAUUCUCUGGAAAAGAGAUAGAGUAAAAAAAAAUCAAUCAUGUAGAUGGGUCAUAUGGUCACAGCAAUGCUACACAAUAUGUUCUUCACAAAGUCAAUAUAACCCACUGUGGUUCCAAUCCUAGAGUGCAGACUUAUGCGGAUUUUCUGGGGUAGUUUUUGAUACAAAGAGAACAGAGACAUACUGUUGACAGUGUUCUGUUACAGUUCAGCAAAAUGCUGUGGUCAUAUAUUGUAAAGCUGGAAUCCAAAGGUAAAGAGGAGGAUACUGAAACCCUCAGAAAUUGGAACCUCUGCAGUGUUGGCUACUUAUAGGUUACAAAAUGAUAGACAAUGAAUAACUGACUUACCUGCAUAUACUGGUACCGCAGCUCUUUUACUCUGGCAGUGUUCCUAUCAAAUGGUACUCUGUAUAUCUGUUUCAUGGUGAUUAGGUUCUUCUUCAGAACCCGGUCUAUUGUUGAUAUGCUGAUGGAGUUGAUGUUUUGGAAGACGCCAUUGUUUUGGAGGACUGCAUCCUGGAUCUGUGUCAGUGUUAUGGCAUUAUUUGCUAUCACCAUGUUACAGAUCUCCUGUUCUUGGCGAUCGGUUAGAAGUUUUCUUCUUCCACCCGCAUGAGGUUGUCGGCCAAUCCUGCACAUAGACAACAUAACUAUUUGUUGUCCUUGCCUUAUGUGUUUGUUACAGAUUAUCAAUCACUGUACAGUAAUGACUGCAUUACACACCACUUUACUGUAUUUGUAGGCUACUGUACUUACAAUUGCACUGCCAUUCUAUUGCGAAUUCUUGCUGUAUUUUGUCCAAUUUACAACAGUAUUUCCUUUGUCAUUCUACAGUAGUGAACUGUAUAAUACUGUGACUUCACAUCGAGGUAAGAUUUUCGGCCUGGGUCUAAACACACACACACACACACACACACAGUCAAACAGUUGUCAUUGCCUGAGUGCAUACUUGUUUUCCCGCCGAAAGGUUUGAAUGAUGGAGGAAACUGUGGAGCGUGGCACGUUAGGCUGCACUCUGCGCCCUGCCUCUGCCUUGUGAGGCGAUGGUUGAUGACAUGAUCAAUAAUGGUGGCCCGAAUUUCAUCUGGGACAACAUGAUGUCUGCGAACUCUAUUUCCUCCUAUUCCACCACCACAAACCCUCACUCCUCCUCCUCUUCCCUCUCCUCUACCUCCACGCACCCUCAAUCCUCCACCUCCUCUUCCUUCUCUUCCUCUUCCUCUUCCUCCAAGUGGAGAUUGCCCUGGUUGAUGCACUUGCUCUCUCUCCAUGUUGACAUAGGAAAAAGUACUAGCACCAGGCCAAGCUGUAUAUAUACAGCAAUGCCAGCACUCCAAAACAUAGAUAACACCUGUCAGGUAACUCAACAAACAGAUGGAUUGGUCACCUGCAAAGUGGGACACUCCUCCUUCGUUAGUCAGAAACUGAUUUCACCUAUUACCUACUAACAUGAUUAUCCUAAAUUUACUAUGACAUCUUACAAAAUAUGUACUGUAUUCUAUUCCAAUUUCCUAACACUAUUUUGACAAUUGAGCAGACUAUUCUGCAUAUGAUGACUUAUACGAUGAAAAUGUGCUGACAUGUUUUGAGGACAAUGACCAUUACACUGAGAACCAACCAAUUGGGAUAGAUCAGCAAGAUACAUUCAUUUGAAAAAUGUACUAAAUGUAGGCUGAUUGUGUUAACUGUAGGAUACUUGUACAUAGCCAUUUGCAUGGAUGUACUAAAUGCUUGAGACAUGUACAAAGCAUUUGAAAUAUUGAUGAAAGCAAUGAUAAAUGCCAUUCUGUUGUGAGAAACUGCAAGUUAGUUUGGGGAUUUGUCCAUGUUGUUUUGAGAAUGUCAUCUCAGUUUCAAGAAAUGAGCCAAACCAAUGGAAAAAAACUGUAUUCUGUUUUGUAUAUAUAUGAUUGUUUUAUUGAAUGCACCGUUACACUUUCA